GGGGGGCCCGGGCCGGCCCGGUCCGGGACGAUGUUGCGGCUGGUGUCGCUGAAGUUGGGGCGGUUGUACCGCUACGUGAAGCUGGCGGUGCUGGGCAGCCUGGCGGCGGCGCUGGUGCUGAACACGCACUCGCUGUUGGCCUCGUUGCAGCGCAACGAGCUGUCGGAGCGGCGCUUCCUGCAGCUCAAUAAGUGCCCGGCCUGCUGGGGCACCAGCUGGUGCCGCAAGUUCCUCAACGGGCAGCUGCGGCUGGAGAGCUGGGGCCGCCUGCGCCUCUUCGACUUCUUCAACGUGAAGAACGUUUACUUCGCCCGCUAUGGGGAGCCCCGCGAGGGCAGCCGCCGCGUCGUCCUCAAGCGCCUGGGCUCCGCGCAGGAGCUGGCGGACAUCGACACCAAGAUCUGCCGCCGCGCCACCGGCAGGGGACGCUGCGACCUCCUGCAGGCCCUGCACGCCACCGAGUUCGCCAGCCUCAACGGCGACGUGCGGCUUCUCACCCCCGACGCCGUGGAGGGUUGGUCGGACCUGGUGCACUGCCCCUCGCAGCGCCUUCUCGACCGCCUGGUCCGCCGCUAUGCCGAGACCAAGGACUCGGGCAGCUUCCUGCUGCGCAACCUAAAGGACUCGGAGCGCAUGCAGCUCCUCAUCACCCUCGCCUUCAACCCCGAGCCGCUGGUGCUGCAGAGUUUCCCAUCUGAUGAGGGCUGGCCAUUCGCAAAGUACCUGGGAGCAUGUGGAAGAAUGGUGGCAGUCAAUUAUGUUGGAGAAGAGCUGUGGAGUUACUUUAAUGCACCCUGGGAGAAACGAGUGGAUCUGGCCUGGCAAUUAAUGGAAAUAGCUGAGCAGCUGACAAAUAAUGACUUCGAAUUUGCACUCUACCUCCUGGAUGUCAGCUUUGACAACUUUGCAGUGGGACCGAGAGAUGGGAAAGUAAUCAUUGUAGAUGCAGAAAACGUUCUGGUAGCAGACAAAAGGUUAAUCAGACAGAAUAAACCUGAAAACUGGGAUGUAUGGUAUGAAAGCAAAUUUGAUGACUGUGAUAAAGAAGCUUGUCUGUCUUUCUCGAAAGAGAUUCUUUGUGCCCGUGUCACCGUGGACCACAAUUACUAUGCUAUUUGUCAGAACCUUUUAUCAAGACAUGCCACAUGGCGUGGCACUUCUGGAGGACUUCUUCAUGACCCCCCAGCUGAAAUUGCCAAAGAUGGGCGCCUGGAGGCCAUGCUGGAUGAGUGUGCCAACCCAAAGAAGCGCUACGGGAGAUUCCAAGCUGCAAAAGAACUGCGGGAAUACCUUGCACAGCUGAGUAACAACGUGAGGUAGUCCACAGCAAACUUUGUUUGCGACACUGGCUGAAACACUAUCACUGAGACACAUAGAAAAUCAAGGUUUGGACUUGUGUAUUAAAAAGAGAAAAAAAAGAAACUAGUCUAUCAGUUUUCUAAGUACCAUAAAAACACAGUUUUAUGGUGUUCUAGUGUUCCUUUGCAAACAGACAAGGUACUUCCUGAAUUAAAACUUGAGCUACUAUUGACUCUCCUCUUUAACUAUUUAAAAGGGAGUAGGUCAAAAAAAGACUGUGAUAGAUAAUUGACAGCUUGUGUGUCAAAGGGUACUUGACAUAAAACUGCAUUUGUGUCACAAUUUUGUGAAGCUGAUGUUCUUACUUGGAAAGUCAAGUUUGACUGAUGGCCUGUUUUAAAGGCCUUUUUCCUGACAUCAUUGUCUCAUUUUUGUGUUUGUUUAAACACCUUGAAGUGGCAUUUACAUCCAGGUAAAUCUAGCUGUUUGCAUUGUUUCAGAUUUAAUGGGCUUUCAUGUUAAUACUGUGCAGUACAUUCCUACUGUGAGUACAGGAUUCCCAUGUUUACUGUCUAAUUUUAGGGGGUUUUACACUGUAUUUUACUAUGCUUAGACAUUGUGAUGUGUUUGUUUUGUUUUUAAAUCAUCAUAAACUCAAAUGUCAUUUGAACUAACAUUCAUUUGAUGUCUUUUGUAAUUCUGCCAAGGGAAAUAUCACUUAAUGUAAUAACUGUACAAAACUUUUACCCUUCAUGCCAGUAAAACACACAUGACUGUUUAGCAUCAAACCCUAUAUGAGCAAACCCUUAUUUUUAAUAGAGAAUUUCAGAAUUGGAGAUAGACUACAAUGAAAAGAUCUGUGUUUAUUUAAAUAGGGGAUAAAAGCUUGACAAAAAGUAAAAUUGAAUAGUCCAGCAUAGUUACGCAUAAACCAAAGAAAUGGUUUUAUUUAUUAGUUUCUCAACAAAUAAAAAAUGCUGUACUGCAGUGGAAUUACCAAUUCUCAAAACCCAAAUUUCAGUGGUCCUUGGUUGUUCUUUAAAGAACUUUUAAGACUGUGUGCUUAUGCUAGAAGAAAACCUUAAUCUGAAUAAUAAUGUCCAGAAAGUUAGCAGUUUGUUUUGCAUCAUCCCCAGUGCAAUUAGAAUUGACUUGUUGAGGUUUGUGUAAAUCUGGAGUUGUGCUCGUAAAUUACAGUUUUUAUAAAAACCUCAGUUACUGCUACAAGAACUCACUUCAGAGCUUGCUCUUCUUCACAACUACUAUAAUGCUUCAUUUUCCUAAAGUCUUAUUCAUAAAAAGGUACUCUUAGGAAAUAUAUACAUAUUACUACUUGUAACAGAAAUGAAGGAAACUUAAUAUUUCUUAAAUGCAUUAUAAAACAAUAUUUUGUACAAACUCAAAACAGGUCUGAGCAAUGUAGCAUGUGCUACUUUACAGAGUGAAGUUACCAUGCCUCAUGUACUGCAUCAAAAGACUGAUGGAAACAAAUUGCUGUGAGUGCAAGGUGAGGAAAGUGGCAGCCUCACUGCCUGGCCCUUCUUUCUGAACACUCUAAAAGUAGAGCCAUAUAAAGAUGCAGAGUGUUCAUUGAUUUCUUAGGUGGCUGUCUAAAGGAUACAUCAGAAUUCAAAAUUCUCACUUUAGGUUGUCUUUGCCCAUGAAGUCCUAAUUUGUUAAUAGAUCCUUGCCUCAUUUUCCUAAAUUAGAAUACCAAAAGUAGCUUUUAAUUUUCAUUUCCCCCCUCCCCUAAUUUGAAGACAAUUUCACAUGCUUGCAGUGGCACAAGCUGUCAGGGAAGGUUCAUCUUACUUUAUCAUAAAAUCCACUUAUUUGAAGAAAAUAGACUAACCUUCAGACUAGGUAAUACUAUACUACCCUACCAUAAAAGCCUUGACUUGGUAAUAAGUUGAUUUUUAAGCAUUUACCAUGUUUCCCAAUGAGUGAGUGGAGUGUGAUUGUUAAGGUUUUAGAAGAAACAAACACUGCCAAUUCUGGUUACUACUUGAGGCAGUUUUGUAACUGUCAGAAUGUCCUAUCAGAUUUGGUUUGGUAUUUAGUUCCCUCAGAAAUAAGUUACUGAAGCCAAUUAUACAAGGAAUUUGGUACUUAAAAAACCAACAGACACUACAGGGAAAACAUUGUGCAGAGCAAUAAAUCUUGUUCCGUUUGCACCUAUCAGAUAUUUAUUGUACAAUAACAAUUUAUAUUUUUAGUCAUUGCCCAUUAUUGAUUAACACGGUGAAAUAUUUUUGAAUGAGAUGUUUGGGGUUUGUAUGUGCAUUACAAUUGUCCUUUUGUACUGUAAGUUACUGUUUGAUUGGAAUAUUUUAUCAAAACUGUCUCCCUGUGCCUUUAUAUUACAAGAAAGUUGUUUCUGCAACUUCUAAUUAUAUUAAUAAAGAAAACUUUAAGAACC